AUGGCUUGUCCCGGUAAGGAGGGUACUCCGUUGCCCUACACUGCCUCCCCGAUCAAGUUACUCUGGAGUGAUUUGUCCCUGUUCAUCUCGAAGUUAUGGGCACUUCCGGGUAUCUUCUUGCCCCUGAAUAUAGGUCGCAUGCAUGAGUGGAACGAGUUUUAUCCUUCAUUCCGCAAUGGAGCUACCGUGUUAAUCCAUAUAUUUCUCGUGGCUUAUCAACUUGUUUUCCUGAUCUCGCUACCGAUCAUGGUAGUCUGUAUGAUUCCAGGUCUAUGGGUCCUUGCCUACUCUGUUAUUGGGUUCACUAUCAAUUAUGCAAUUGUUAUGCUGUCGUUGAACGGCUUCCAGCAGGUCCUGGUGUCCCAAGUUCCCGUGGUCGAGCGACCAGGUCAUGAGCGGGAGCGUUGGCUGUAUAUAAAUGGAAUUGCAGCUGGGCAUCACUGGGUACAAAUGAACAUCGAUCAACUGUCAUACAUUUUUGGUCGGAAAGUGACGGGCGUGCACAAUCGCACCGCCGGCAUUGUCUUCGAUCUCAUCGAAUGUUUGGUUCAACGAGAUUUUGCAUAUGCUACUGGCGAUAUACGACGAGCGUAUGCCUUGGUCAAGGAAGCUCUCUUGGACCCAGAAUGUGACAAAGUGCUUCUACUUCUUCACAGUCAAGGCGGUAUUGAAGGGGGACUUGUCGUGGACUGGCUUCUGGAUGAGCUACCACAUGAUCUCCUUCAUCGCUUGGAGUGCAUCAGUUUGGUCAAUCCAUUGGCCAUAUCGAGCAUUACGCCAACGCAACUGAUAUUGUGGCUCUGGGGGGGUGUGCUCCACUUUGUGGACAUCCCAAAUCGAUAUAUGGGCCGGCUGUUCGUGCGCCCAAAUUCAGGCCACCUACUCAACAUGCAUUACCUGGACAACAUGUUCACUCUAGGCCCCGAUAUGAGAGUCCUUGACUCCAAUCCAUUCAUGGAAAUGGAAGUCGAGCCAUGGGCAACCGCCGGUAUCAAUGGAUAUGAUGGCCCUCCACAUCGAAUCAGGUAUCAACCCACGAUAGCCCGAGACGAGGCGUUUCUUCCCGCUGCACUGAGCCUGCAACGAUCACAAACUAAUGGAGUGGGGCAAUUACUACGUGUCAAGGACUUCAGUCGACUCUGGCAGUAUAGAAAUGGAGGACAUCCGAAAGACACAGAGACACGACACGAUAAUGACACCCACGAGCACGUCUAUAUUUAA